UGCUCCUCCUCCUUUCUCGGCCGCUCCACUCCCACUCCCACCACCAGCAUUCGAAGCAAACUUUGCAAUUGCCGAGCUCCGCCCGCUCAGGUCUCCAACGUACCAUCGCCGGCCGGGGCGCCGGGCGGCCACCGCCAUGCCGCUCCUUCUCCCCAACCCGCGCUCGCCGCCGCCGUUGCCACUCCGAGUCCUUUCCUCCUCCGCCGCGGCGCUCGGGGGCUUCCUCCUCCGCUCCGGGCAUCGUGCUGGCGCGCGCCGGCUCCACGCCGCCCUCGCCGCGGACAACCGCGUCGUGCUGGGGUGCGGGCUGGUGACGCUGGACUACCUCGCCACGGUGGACGCGUACCCGCGGCCCGACGACAAGAUCCGCACCGGGGAGCUGCAGAAAUCCGGCGGAGGGAACGCCGGGAACGCGUUGACGGCCGCGGCUCGCCUCGGCCUGAACACGAGGGUGAUCUCCAAGGUGGCCAAUGACGAAACCGGAGGAACUGUUCUUUCAGAACUCAAGGAAACUGGGAUUGACACAUCUCAUGUCAUAAUUUCUGAUGGUGGGAACACAACAUUUGUCUACAUCAUUAUUGAUAAGCAAACGAAAACUCGUACAUGUAUACUCACACCGGGCGAUCCUCCAAUGGUUCCUAGUGACUUGCCGAUGUCAUGUUUAUCAGCUGCAUUGCAAGAUGUAAGCUUGUUAUAUCUAGAUGGAUAUUCACCAGAAAUGGCACUGGCUGUUGCUAAGCAGGCUGAUCAGAUGAAUAUUCCAAUAUUGGUUGAUGCCGAGCAAGAGAGAACAAAGGAAGAAUUAGAAGGUUUGCUCAUUCUAGCAAGCUACAUCGUCUGUUCAGGGAAAUUUCCAAAGAACUGGACCUCAAUCCCAUCCUUACCCUGUGCCCUGCUUGAGAUCCUUCUGCAGUACCCUCGUGCGAAAUUUGUCAUUGCAACCCUCGGAGAAAAAGGUUGCAUGAUGCUUGAGAGGAGUGAAGCUGGUGACGAUUCCGUUGUAGAUGCAGCAGAUAUAGAGGCUGUUGCCGACUCCUUGAGGUUGGAACUGCACAAAGAUGGCAUCUUCCCGACUUGUGUAGCAUCCAAGCCCUUGAGGCUUUCUGCAAGAGGGCUCGGUACAGUAUCUGGACGGCUGCUGAUAGGAACAGCAGAGGUUAUCCCUGCUUCAGAGCUUGCUGACACCACUGGCUGUGGGGAUGCAUUCAUAGGAGCAGUGCUUCACGCUCUGUCAACAGAGAUUCCCACCGAGAAGAUGCUCCCGUUUGCUUCUCAAGUGGCAGGCAUCAAAUGCCGAGCGAUCGGCGCGCGGGCCGGCCUGCCGUGGCGGUCCGACCAACGGCUGGCCAAGUACCUGUGAUACACGGCGUGUCGAGAUGGCGCGAGAAGAAUCAGACAUUGUCGUGAGCAUCAGCGACACGCACGCCUCACUUGGACUUGAUCAUAGCUCAUAGAGUGGUACAGUAGACGGUACUAUACAGUGGUAUAGCCGAUAGAAGUACGCUGUUUCGUUGGACAAAGCAAUUUAAGCCCGGACGAGAAGACUCUGAUUUGGAGGAAUUUCAGCGUGACUGGACCGUCAUUCAGAUUUGAUCACUGUUCUCCUGAUGAACGGCUCUCUCCACGACACUGACUGUAAAAGUUUGUGGAAGCGUUGAACCC